AUGAGAUUUAUCGUAACUCUAUGCACGAUUUGCAUAGUUUUACUAUCAAACUGUGGAGGUGGUAAAGCCUCAAAUCCUCAGGGUCAAGCGACUGCCAGUGCUGCUCUUCGCACAUCAGGCACACAGGCUCAACAAGGAGGGGUUAAGGCUGAACUGGAUGCUCAAUCAGCUCCCCAGCAAAUCUCAAAACCCAAUACACAGGCUUCUACACAUUUUCAGCCUAUUCCACAAACCCAGGCUAAUCCAGGGGAUGAUCAAGCGACAGCCACUACUCUUAGUACACCAGGCCCGUCAAACUUGGAUAAAAAUCAGGUAGAAACAUCUACCAAGGAGGACCAACUCACUCCUGUUGUUACGAAUAAGCCUGGCACAGUCCAAGAUAAUUCUGCUGGAUCUAAAAACUUUGACAUUGAUUUAGCUAAAGCAGAUCUAGAAAAGGUACUUGUAGACAAGAUAGAGGAUGAGAACAUCACACACUACAUGUACCAUCCUAAUGGAGCUACACAUAUCCUCUCUGUAAAUUUUGGUCCAACUACUCUUUGGACCGCAGGUUAUAGUGAGAAGCUAUUGCGUGCCAAUGUAUAUCAGAAAAAGGGCUCUUCUUCUCUUGUUCAUCUCUACAUUAAAAGUUCCGGUAAAGAGGUCCACAAGUACUUUGAAAAGGGCAGUGACAGUUAUACUGAACUGGGAAUGGAUGAUUUUAGAGCCAAACAUGAAGAACUGCUACGGUCAGAACCAGCUGGACCGACGGAUCCGAAUAAUCUAAGGAAGGGUUCUGGUCACAUGCAUGACUAUCUAAACGUUAUUGAUAUACAAAACCCUGAUAAAUCGCUUUGUAAAACCUUCGAAUGCGUUAUGGACGAUGUUGAUACACUUUUAUGCGUUCCGUUUUGGGGAUUAAGUGAGGUAAAGUGCGGUUCUACUAGUUUAUGGCAGGCAGAGGAUGAUAAAAGAUGUACUCUUCUAAAGAUACACUAUGAUAAGGAUAAAAAACCUGUUAUGAUUCAUGCAACUGCGGAAUCUUGUUCUGAAGUUGUUGCUUACUCAAAAGUAAAGGAUAAAAACAAAUGGAAGAAUGUUCAUAUCUACGACAAGGAACUUAAAAAUUUCGCUACAACCAGGAAUUCUGUUAAUGGAUUCGUCUUGGAUGUCAUGGAUGUAGAAAAAACAGAAGAAUGUGACGUUGUUAAACUCAGUCUCUUUGGAAUGUCUACAGUGCUAUUUAUUCCAAAACCAGGAUUCUACACAACCAGAGUUACUUAUGGUGAUGUACAACUUUAUGAAUCUAACCAGAGUAAGUGUGAAAGGGUUAAUGUUGCUUAUGUAACUCGCUACAGCUCGAGUAUUUCCCUGAUGUUCAUAGUUGUUUCAGAUAAGGAUUGUGCUGCGGUGCAUUUUCGUAUAAAAAAAGGUGACAUGCUUCACUCCCUGGACGAGGAAACAUAUUUUAAACUAGUAAAAAGUAUGAAAACCAGGGAGGUUGGCUUUAACUACCAGACUUAUGAUAUAUUAUCACCUGAUCCAGGAUGCAAAACUGUGGAGUCCUCUAUGGGUGACAUACCGGCAAAGUUGCUCAUUCCACCAACUGGAACUUGCAUAAACGGAUUUACAUCGGGCGAAAAUAUGAUUUGGGGAUCUGCUACUACUUCUGAAAUUUGCGCCUUUGCAAUAACAUACCUUAAAGGAGGGAAUCCUUACAUUUUACAUCUAAUGAGGGUUAAUUCUACUGGACAAGAAGAGAUAUAUUACAUAAAAGGAGAUGAUGGAUGGAAAGUAUGCAUAGAUCCUAAGAAAUUUCUUUCUGGUCUUAGAACACCUGAAAACCCUGUAAACUUUGAGUUGAACCUGCGUUCACAGAAAGAUGAGAGGUCACAUAUAGUUGAUAUGAGAGCUUUCGUAUUUCCAAUGAUGCUCUUUGUUCCAAAGGCUAACAAUGUUGCAACUUCUGUUAAAUAUGGUGAAGAAAAGGUAAUUGGAAGUGUAGGCAAGAAGGAAAGGGUUGCUUUCGCUGUAGUUUACUUCAAGGAUGAGAACCCAUUCCUCCUGUACAUACUUCUUAGAGACUCUUCUUGUAAACCAGAAAAAAAGUACUACGAGAGAAAGGAUAAUAAGUGGAGUUCUGUAACGUGGAAUUUUCGGUGGAAGGUAUGGACUAUAGGGAAGACGAAGAAGGAGAAUUUUAACAAAAAAUUAGGUCCAAUUGCAGUUUUCAAGUAA